AUGAUUGCGCCAGUUUCAAUGCAAGAGCUGAAUAGCUGUUCAAAUCACUCCGUCCAAAUAAACAUGGAUUCUGUAUCCUGGAAUUCCUCUGGAAUACUCAGAGCGUCAUCUGACGGAUUUUACCAUCCAAAUCUUCACUGUAAGGUCACUUUAAUUCCUCCAUUGUCAUAUGGACUUGUUGUCAGCAUACGUUCCAUCGACCUACUACCAGCUGUAAUCGAUCCUAAGAAAUGUGAAAACUAUCUGGAGAUAUCGCCUACGGAGAGUAGUGGAUCUGUAAGGCUUUGUGGAUACAGUGAUGAUGCUCUUGAAUUUAAAUCGUACAGCAACAUGGGAAGAAUGGAUAUUGUUUUUCACACAGCAAACACUAGUUCUCACAGAAAAGCUUCUUUCCAACUGACUUUCACAGCUGUAAGAAAAGGUUGGUGUUUCAAGGAAGAAACUCAUUGCCGUAAUGACAAUUGCAUUUGGAAAAAUCUAGCUUGCGAUGGCUACAACAACUGCGGUGAUCUAAGUGAUGAGUUAGAUCCAGAAGUAUCACGCUGUUCAAAUUUAACUCCAGGGGAAUCUCUUGCUGUAAUUUUGGUGACCAUUGUUGGAUCCUUAAUAUUAUUAAUAAUUGCAGCCUAUGUGAGAGGACCAAAAAUAUCUCAACAGAUUGAAAGAUUGUCACAAUGCAGGCGAACUAAUUGUACCGAGAGAGAAAGUCCUCAAACAGAAAAUGACGACUUAACAAACAGCAAUGGACCAGCGUCGUUUAUGGUGCCUGAACCCAGGACUAGACUUAAUUCAUCUUCAGCUUUAUUGCGAGGUCCUGACUAUGCAAACUAUUCAGGCAUCAACUACGAUCCCCCUCCUCGCUAUGAAGACUUACCGAAAUUAGAAGUUGUUCCAAUUUCUUAUACAGUUACAAUUCAACAAGAUCCAGUGACUAUAGAGCGCAUUACUUGAUGUUAGGGUCGAGUGUAUAGUUUGUAAUUUAAAACCAUAAACGAAUAUUUAAAAAAAAAAAAGUAAAAAUUUGUUGCAAAAAAAAAAAAAAAAAAAAGACACUGUUAGUUAUACAGGGUGGUUAUAAUUAUAGUUAUUCUGCUUUGACCUACGUAGAACACGUUUUUUUGACGCAAGUUCUUGCAACUUGAUGUACACGUUAUUUGGUCUCAGGGAGAAAGAAAUGUGGAACAAGAAAACUCACACUUUUACCACCAGGUAAGAAAGAAGAACAUGAAAAAAAGAAAAGCAACAAUCUAAGAACGAACACCUUAACUUUGACAGAAUUUGUUCAAUCUAAUUUUUGUUUGUUUCAAUUACAAGUUAAAAUCAAUCGCGUUAUAGCGCUUGUUUACCAGUAACGUGAAUUGUUUUUUUAUCAAUUACAGCAACUUGGUGAUACAGUAGCCAAGAUGCCUUCACCGGGAGGUACAAAAUUCGAUCUAGUACUUUCUUCUGGCAUAGUUAAUUUUUCUUGGUUCGUAUAACGUAUAAACUAAGUUUCAAAGACAUUCAUUUAUUAAAAGCAGCUUUAAGUAGUUAUAAAACAGAAUAAUCUAUAUUAUAAUCACCCUCUACUUCAGAACAUUUUGUUAAGCUGCUAUAUAUCGCUGUUCCGUUGGAACAUUGACGUAACUGAACACAUUUAUUGAAAAUGAGUUAUUGUCAUCACUGGGUCCAAAUGUGGUUACCCCAUUCGGAGGAACACUGACAGAUUUGUUUUUCACUUUUUGCCACCAUGGCAGAAACUCCACUUUGUUUCAUUGUAGGAGGUAAUGAAUAAAAUAAAAUAAUUUUGUACGUUUGACUCUCCUGUAAAAUUUCCUUCGGAAC